UUGGAUUGCAGCAGAUCAGAGGUUUUUGUUCUUCAACGCGAGGUGCAAACUUUCGCGAGCGAUGUGGCUCCAAUGUCAUGGCGAAGCCGCUGUUUCUUUCGAGGCUUCUGUACGUUACACCUGGGAGUUGAGGGAGAUGCGACGCUAUCCGCAGUCUCUUGUGGGCUUGCAUCAACUCGAGAGCACUGGCCCAAGGCAAACGCGUCCACCAGCUAGCCCAACAAAAAGGUGGCGAGACGGAGAAGGCUCUAAGCAUCCAGCUCGUCCAGAUGUAUCUCAAGUGUGGGAGCUUGGCCGACGCCAGAGAGGUGAUCGAUCGAGUAAGGAUCGGGGAUGUGGUGACUUGGACGAGAUUGCUCGCAGCAUAUGCCCGGAACGGGGAUUGCGAGCGAGCAAUCCAGGCUUACCAGGAAAUGCUCCAGGCCGGGGUGACGCCCAACAAGAUCACCAUCGUGACGCUGCUCAACGCUUGCGUGGAGCAUUCGUGCCUCCCCAACACUGCCCAGAUUCGCUCCAACGUUUUCGAGAUGGGCUUUCUCUCCGACGCCGUCGUCGCCACCGUGCUCGUCAGCAUGCACAGCCGGUUUGGGAGAAUGGAGGACGCUUGCGACGCGUUCCGGGAGAUCCAGAGGCACGACGUGGUCUCGUGGAACGCCAUGCUCUGGGUGUACGCCGAGAAUGACUUCAGGGAAGAGGCGAUGCUUCUCUUCCGGGAAAUGCAGCUAGAGGGAAGUUUGCCGAGCAAAGUUUCGUUCCUGGCGGUUUUCAACGCGGUUGCUGCUGCCGAGGACUCUCUAGAGGCCAGGGCGAUGCAUGGCUUGUUCUUGAGGAGUGGCAUCGAGCAAGACUUGGCACUGGGAAACGCCAUCGUCGACAUGUAUGGCAAGUGUGGCUGUCUCGACGGAGCGCUGGAUGUUUUCCGCUCCAUGCCGGAGCGGGACAUCAUCUCAUGGACUGCCAUGAUCGCUGCUUUCGUCCAGUGCGGUGCCAUGCUCGGGGCACUGGAUUCUUUCAGGUUGAUGCAACUCCAAGGAAUUCGUCCAAACAAGGUGACUUUCCUCACGGUUUUGAACUCGGGGGAGAUCCAGGUUCCACUCGGGGAAGCCGGGAGGAUCUAUGGCUACGUUCUUGAGUCAGGUCUGGAUUUGGAUACUGUUCUGGCCACCGCACUAAUAACGAUGUUUGGUAACUGCAGGGACGCUACAAACGCAAAACUGGUGUUUGAUAGAGUCGAGAGACGAGAUGUGGUCCUAUGGACUGUUAUCGUUGCAGCGUACGCUCAAUGUGGCGACUUUGCAAAAGCCAUGGAGCUCUUCUACGCAAUGCAGCUGGAAGGAUUUCGUCCCAACAAGGCCAGCUUGAUCAUCGUUGUGGACUCGCUGGGGAGCUUGAGAGCUCUCCAGGAAGGGAGACGGAUCCACGAGAGAAUCAUGGAAGAGGAGCUGGACAGGGACUACGUGAUCCUCGGAAACGCGCUCAUCAACAUGUACCUGAGGUGUGGAGACGUCGCCAGCGCCUGGGAGUGCUUCCGGAGGAUGCCAGCUCGCGACGAAUCGUCAUGGAACGUCAUGCUCGCGGCUUGCAGUGAUGAUCUUCGGCUGGUCGUGACGAUGGUUGGCGAGAUGCAGCAGCAGGGACUGUCCCCGGGCAAGAUCACGCUGCUGGCGCUCAUCAACUCGUGUGUCACGGCAGCCUCGACGCUCCCGGAGGCCCGGAGAGUUCAUGCCCGCGUGGUGGAGGCCGGGCUGGAGCGUGAGAAAUCCAUCGCAAACGCGCUGGUGGACAUGUACAGCAAGUGUGGCAACUUGGAGGCCGCGAGCAGCGUCUUCUUCUCGAGCCGGCUGUUUGAGCUCGACGACGCCGUCGCGUGGAACGCUCUGGUGCUGGGACACACGCAGCACGGCAGCUGGAACGAGGCUCUGGGAUUGUUCUGGGCGAUGCAGCAGCAAGGAGUGAGUCCCACGGAGGUGAGCUUGGUGGGAGUGCUAGCGUCUCUCAGCCACGCCGGGAUGAUCCAGGAAGGGUGCCGGGUGUUUGGAUCGAUGGAGGUGGACUAUGGGAUUGGUGCCGCGGCGGAGCAUAGGGGAUGCGUGGUGGAUCUCUUGAGCAAGGUUGGAUGGCUGGAGGAGGCCGAGGAGUUUAUGAGAAGUGGAUGUGGAUCCCGGGAGGAUUGCGUGGGAUGGCUGACGCUGCUGGGGGCUUGUAACUUGCACGGGGACGUGGAGAGAGGAUUGCGAGCAGCGUUUCGGCUUUUGGAGCUGGAUAGUAUCAACAGUGCUGCUCAUGUCAUCCUCUCCAACUUGUUUGCUCCUACUCAAGAAGAAGGGGCUGACAAUAUCUUUGUAUUUAAGGGGAAGAGUUGAUACAUACUACCAGAAAUCUAUCGAGAUAUCUGGGGUCCAUUACAGUACUUUCCAUCGAGCGUUUUGGCAGCUGCAAACACCAAACCAUGAGUCAAAUAUGUGAAAGAAACAUCAUAUGACAGUAUUGAAAUGUUUGUUUACCUGCA